AUGCCGCGCGGAGACCGCGUGCCGCCGCUCUCUGUCGUCGUCGCUGCUGUCGCCGUCUUCGUCGCCCGCACGGCAACUGUCUCGGCGCGCACGGACAUUGCCGCGCAGCUGUACGGGAACUCGGCCAUCACGCGGCCCGCCACGCCGUCGCGUCUCAACGCUGCGCUCGAAGACCUCGUGGGCUCUGUGGCGAACUUUACGCAGCUGCCGUUCAACGUCCAGCGCGCGCUGUUGUGGAGCGCCGGAUGGGUUCCCAUCGUGUCGGCGUCGCCCGUUCUGUCGAUGACGACGACGACGACGACGAUGUCCACUGAAGCCGCGUCCAAAGUCGUCUACGUCCAAGUGUACGUCCUCUGUGGCCGCACAAUGAGUGACGUGUUCCAGUCGCCGCAAGCGUUCGACAACACGAGCGAGUGCGAACUCAAGAACUGCAAGAGCAACGUGAUCAGCUACACGCUGUCGAGCUGUGACACGCGCUACGUCGAGUCGAAGACGCUGUGUGCCUUGAGCCGCGACGAAGUGGCCGCCAGUUUCGAGUCCAUGUCGUCCAAAGCCGGCCCCAUGUGGGCCAUGGACGGACAAGUGGAUGACACGUUUGAGCCGCAGCUGUUCCAGUACGCGAACGACUCGAAGCGUGUUGAUGGGGAUGGCCCACCGACGCUGUAUUUACUGGCGCAGAAAGACUCGUGGACAAUGGACGACACAACGUGUCCAAAUGGCGCGCAGUUUAUCGCGCCGUGUCGCGCUGUGCCUGCGGCAGCGGUUGACGACAAUGUCCAAGAGCGGACGUGGUGUGAGCCCGAGAUUGAGCUUGGCGUGAAGCUCUGGGUGAACAAGGCAUCUGCUGCGACGGAAGCAAAAGACGGCGUCUUGAACUCGCCAGCGAGCGUGUCGUCGACGAUUGCAGUCGUGUUGGGUUUGUGUCUGGGUGUGUGCGUUGUCGCGAGCGUGCUGUUUCUUGUCAUGUGGCGUCGGGCCAAGAGCUGGUCGAAAAACGGUCUGCAUGAGAAUGAGAACAAUACGUUUUUCGUGCAAGCGCACUCGUUCCAGAGUGAGCUGCCCCCACUCGACGAGAAUCGAGGUCGAGCAAGGUCCAGACACUGUGCUCCGAAUGACGAACUUUGCCCGUCGCUUAGCACUGUACUGCAGGUUGAAGCCGUCAAUGAGAGCUUUCGGAUGCGAUCGCCAGAGCUCGCAUCUUUCUGUGAUGACCAGGAGCUCAUGCUCAAGCGUAUCGCUUUUGCCGGUCUUGUUUACCGAGAACGAAUAGCAAGCGGCCUGCACGGUGAGGUCUGGCGCGGCGAGUACGAAGGACAGCAGGUUGCUAUCAAGCGCACCAUUGCAUCGGUUGCUGCGAUCACUGCAGCUGCAAAUGCCAGUCAAGGGUCGUCGGCACUGGAUGCUUCUGCACUGCUGAGCGACAAAGAGCUGAAGGUCCUCGUGGACUUUACAAAGGAGAUUCGCAUGGCUGCGUUCUUGGACCACCCGAACGUUGUCCGCUUCGUUGGCCUCUCGUGGCGGACACUGCCCGACCUGUGCAUGGUCUCAGAGUUUGUUGCCCUCGGUGACCUUGCCCACUUCUUGGCUCAGCCCAGUGGCAAGAAUCUCACGUGGAAGGACGAUAAGCUGGCGAUUGCGGCAGACAUCUCGAACGCACUGGUGUACUUACAUUCGCUGUCACCUGUCGUACUGCACCGCGAUCUAAAGUCGCUGAACAUUCUCCUGACCGACGACCUGCAGGCCAAGCUAAGCGACUUUGGACUGAGUCGGGAAACAAGUUUUGACGGCACGAUGACCAGUUGUGUAGGCACGCCGCUUUGGACAGCACCUGAGGUGCUGCGCGGGGAACGGUACUCGGAGAAGGCUGAUAUUUAUUCGUUCGGCGUAGUGCUUGCGGAGCUCGACACGUGUUUGCUGCCGUAUGCAUAUACCCAGGGCCGCAAGAGCAAAGGCAAGAGAGACAAGGAGUGGGUGCCACUGAUUGCAAGUGGACGCGCUGCGCCCAUGUUCCGGCCCGAUUGCCCACGCGCCCUUCGCGAGCUGGCAGCCCAGUGUCUCGAUCACGACCCGAACAAGCGCCCGCCAGCCAUGCAGAUUGUGUACUUGCUCCGGUCAAAGAUCCCGCUUACGUUGUGA